UGUAAACAAAGACAGUGAAACCCGUGUGGUAGGAACUGGUGCUAAACCCCAGAUCUGGGACAAAACUGCCCGUUCAGUUAGUGGCCUCCUGGACAGUUUUACACGACAUACCCCAGUCUCACAACCCAGCACCUCAGGACCUACAAGCUGCCUGUGACAGAAAGACUCUACGUCACGCUUUUGACGGAAUCCACCUCUUCUAUCUUAUAAUUGGCUCUCUGUUCUUGAUUGACACCGGCGCUGAAGAGCAGCGAGAUCGGUGAUUGGCCAGUUGCUGGUGUUCCGCUUUCCUUGUUGCUGUAUGUGUGUAAUUGCAAGUGGACUGUGUUAGAAAAACAGUGGGUGCAGCUUCUGGUGCCAACUGACAGAUACAAUUUCGGUUUCAAAAUGACAACAGAAUCUCCUCGCCGUCCGAGCAGGUGCACAGGGGGAGUGAUGGUUCGACCUCAAGCAGUCACGGAACAGUCUUAUAUGGAAAGUGUUGUUACAUUUCUACAAGAUGUUGUACCACAGGCCUACAGUGGAUCACCUGCUACAGAUGAAAAAGAAAAAAUUGUCUGGGUUCGAUUUGAAAAUGCUGAUAUGAAUGACACAUGCAGGAACAUGGAGUUCCACGAAAUGCACAGCACUGGCAAUGAGCCACCUCUUGUUCUGAUGAUUGGCUACACAGAUGGAAUGCAGAUCUGGAGUAUACCGGUCAGUGGAGAAGCUCAGGAAUUGUUCUCUGCUCGACAUGGUCCAGUACGAACAGCACGCAUCUUACCAUCUCCUCAGAUUGGUGCUCAAAAAUGUGACAGCUUUUCUGAAAAGAGGCCGCUGCUAGCAAUGUGCAAAAGCACUGGGUCUUGUGGAACAAGUCAACCGUACUGUUGUGUAGAUUUGUACUCUCUGCGAACAGGGGAGAUGGUGAAGUCUAUACAGUUUAAAACCCCCAUCUAUGAUCUUCAUUGCAAUGCAAGGGUUCUUGUGGUGGUUCUUCAGGAGAAAAUAGCAGCUUUCGAUAGCUGUACAUUUACAAAGAAUUUUUUUGUGACAAGCUGCUAUCCUUGUCCUGGGCCAAAUAUGAAUCCCAUUGCUCUAGGAAGUCGUUGGCUUGCCUAUGCAGAAAACAAGCUCAUCAGAUGCCACCAGUCUCGGGGAGGAGCAUGCGGGGAGAAUAUUCAGUCUUACACAGCCACUGUCAUCAGCGCUGCCAAAACUCUGAAGACUGGACUAACCAUGGUUGGUAAAGUAGUUACCCAGCUCACUGGUACACUGCCUGCAGGAGCCCCAGAUGAAGACGUGUCUACACAUAGCAAUGCCAGACGGAGCCCUCUUGUCCCAGGAGUUAUCACCAUUAUCGAUACAGAGACCGUUGGUGAAGGACAGGUUCUGGUCAGUGAGGAUUCUGAUGGAGCAGGCGUAGUCGCCCAUUUUCCUGCACAUGAGAAGCCAAUAUGCUGUAUGGCUUUCAACCCAAGUGGGAUGUUGCUAGUCACCUCGGAUACCUUAGGACAUGAUUUUCACGUUUUCCAAAUCCUUACUCAUCCAUGGUCCUCCUCUCAAAGUGCUGUGCAUCAUCUGUAUACUCUACAUCGAGGAGAGACAGAAGCUAAGGUUCAGGACAUUUGCUUUAGUCAUGACUGUCGCUGGGUGGUGGUGAGCACUCUCCGGGGUACCUCCCACGUGUUCCCCAUUAACCCCUAUGGUGGCCAGCCAUGUGUCCGCACGCACAUGUCCCCCCGUGUGGUGAACCGCAUGAGCCGCUUUCAGAAAAGUGCAGGACUAGAAGAGAUUGAGCAGGAGCUGACUUCAAAGCAAGGAGGGCGCUGCAGCCCAGUGCCAGGUUUGUCCAGCAGUCCAUCUGGCUCUCCUCUUCAUGGCAAACUGAACAGUCAAGAUAAUUAUAAUAACUUCACAAACAACAACCCAGGAAAUCCAAGGCAAUUGCCUCUCCCCAGCUUGACGGUCGUCCUCCCACUUGUUCAAAUCAAGCAGCCAAUGACAUUAGGAAGCAUCACAAAACGUACUGGACCUUACCUGUUUGGAGCAGGAUGUUUUUCCAUUAAAGCUCCUUGCAAAGCCAAGGCAGCACCGCAGAUUUCCCCAAGUAAAUCAGUGGGAGGCGAGUUUUGUGUUGCUGCUGUGUUCGGGUCAUCAAGAUCUUGGUUUGCCAGCAACCAAGGCAUUAAAAGAGACAAAGACCAAUCCAAGCAGAGUGUAGUUGAGUCUCUAUACAUCAUUAGCUGUUAUGGCACUCUAGUAGAACACGUUUUGGAACCUCGACCUCUGAGUACUGCACUGAAGAUAAAUGACGACACACUUCUGGAGAUGUGGACUUCACCUCGAGCUAGCUGGACCCUUGCUAGGACACCCCAGUGGAAUGAGUUUCAACCACCAUUUAACACAAACCACCCCUUGCUGCUUGCUUCAGAUGUGGUGCAGUACUAUCAGUACCUGUUAGCUGGAGUGGCUCCUCCUGAAAGUCCCGGACCAAUCACAAGGCACGGCUCCUAUGAAAGCCUAGGUUCCGAUCAGAGUGGACAAGAGGAUGAAGAGUGGCUUUCUCAGGUAGAAAUAGUGACUCACACUGGACCACACAGAAGACUGUGGAUGGGGCCUCAGUUCCAGUUUAAAACAAUCCAUCCUUCUGGCCAGACAACAGUGAUCUCUUCUAGUUCUUCUGUGCUGCAUUCACAUGGGCCUAGUGACACACCUCAGCCCCUGCUGGAUUUUGACACAGAUGAUCUUGAACUGCAUAGCCUCAGGAUCCAGCCUGUUCGCUCAGAGCCUGUUAGCAUGCCGGGAUCACCCCGUACAGUUUCUGAUUGCAGAGGAGGCUCAACAGUCAUUGAUGCCACCUCAGGUGCAUAUGAUCGUAGCGUGACCCUAUUGGAGGUUUGUGGGAGCUGGCCUGAGAGUUUUGGACACCGUCACAUCUCUUCAAUUGAAAGCACCGAGGAAGGUCUUCGUGAGAGACUGGCUGACGCUAUGUCUGAGUCCCCUAAUAGGGAUGUGGUGGGAUCAGGAACAGAACUUCAGCGAGACGGAAGCAUUGAGACAUUAAGUAAUAGUUCUGGAUCCACCAGUGGAAGUAUUCCACGAAAUUUUGAUGGUUAUCGAGCACCCCUUCCAACCAAUGAAAAUCAACCUCUCAGUCUUUUCCCAACAGGAUUCCUUUAAAAAAAAGUGAUAAAGUGAAAAAAAUAAAAAAUAAAUGUAUAUGUGUAGACAACUUUGUAAAAAAUUGUUCUCCGGAAAUUAUGUUUUUCUAAUGAGAAAAUGGCCAGAGAAAUUAAGUCAGAUACAAGACAUGUACACAGGACGAGGGGAUCUUUUAUAUUUUUUAUUUUAUCAUCUUCUCUGUGUUUUGGUGCAUAGAACUAGGACUUGCUUGAAAAUAAUACAAUACAGUGAAUGCAAAUGUGAAUUUCAUAUAUCUUUGUUUCUCCUAGUAAUAUGAUGUACACUGGUUAUUCUGCAAUAAUACACAUUGGGAGCAGUUAAUGAGCAGGGGAUACAUACAGUUGAAUCUAUCAUCUUGCAAUUAUAACGAAUAUUUGAUUUUUAUGUAUGUAGAUAUUCAGAAAUGUGUGUAUUUAUUAGGAAUAUACUGAUUGGGUGCAAUGAUAGUUAGCAUUUUGAUACUAGUAGCAAUUGAUGGUUAUACAAAUGUGCAUUUUAUCGCUAGUACACUGCUUUUCUUAAAGGUGUAGUGUGCUGUAAAAUUGAUUUAAUCUUAAAAGGACAGUCAACUCCAACAUUUUUGAGUUUCUGGUGACUUGUUAUGACAGCUGCUGAACAUAAACUUUAUGUGGCUCAUUUUGUUUUGUUUUUUUCUAUAUGAAAUAGCUUUUAUGUAUCUUUUAGGUCCCCAACCAUUUAAAUGGUCUUUAAGGGAGAACAGAUUCCCUUAUUUUAUUUCUAUGCACAAUGGGCUUGUUAACAAGUCAGUACUUAAAGAGCAAUUGAAAAUGAAUAUUUUAAUAUCUAUCUAUUAUUUUAAUAUGUAUCUAUUCUUUGGCAGUUUCAUGUCUGUAGCUUUUCUAUAACCAGUGCUUAAGUGCUGAUAUUUUCUGUAUAGGUGGGGCUACAACAGGCAAAUCAGCUAUUUUAAAAGACAAAAUAAAGAUAAAGGAGAUAUUUGUAAACAAUUUAAUAGCCUCCAGCAGGUAAAAUGGAUCACUGGGAACAUAUUAAAUGGGAGAAAAUUUUACAGUACACUGUUUCUUUAAAUAUAGAAUAUUAGCACAAUUGUAAACAAGAUUAAGUCUUUUAAAUAUCAUAAGUGUUUGUUUAGUUGCUUAAUUUUUUUUUCUAUUAGAAUAUUUGAGAAUUUUGCUACUCUAUUCUGUUUUGCAUUCCUGCUUAUUUGAUAAAUAACUUUUAUUGCAUGUGAACAAAUGUACUGAAAGUCAGGUAUACUCUUAAAGUAAAAUCACUAUUUGAAAUAUUCCUGAUGCAAUGAAAAAAGGAUUUGAAUAUGUUUCAAUUAAAUCUUACUACCUUCAAACCGGUUGUUUUAAA